UCAAACUAAACACCAAUACACUUGCAAUGAAUUCAUAGUUGAUCAACCCACGUUGUUGGUUCGGCGGUGCUUUUCGAUUGGACUUUACCGGUUUGUUUCCUUCUUAGAAUCAAGAGAAUCAAAUCUUUAGGCCGCUUCUAAAAUUCUCCGUUUCCAGCAGGAGCGCAGUGAAAUUAAAUCAGUUGGUCGUCUAUAUGUAGUUUUUUUGAUUGCUUCCUUUUAGCCAGCUUUCUUGGUUGUGCCUCCCACACAUGCACAUGUGCAAGCGCGCACAAGCUGCUUGCUGUCAGCAUGGUUAUCUUCUCUAAGCCAGACUGUCUUCAUCCUCAUGUUCCGCUCACUUGUCUGCCCUCUUAAGUUGAUCUACAGGUUAAGUAGCAGAAACUGAAAAGUGGAGGAAAAGUGAGAGUGUGACACGAGUCAGGCUGUGAUAUACGUAGCAAUGCAAUGAAAGUUAAAGGAAAUGUGCCCGCAAAGGGAGAAGGUGACGGCACCUGGUUGCGCUCAUGUGACACGCUGCUGGAGGCGGGGUCACCUUCUCCGUCUAUUUCGGUGCAUUUUUCCACUUGUGUCAUCAUGACAAAACAUCCCACCCGCUGGGAAGGACAUAGUGUUACAGUUCAAUGUGUUUGGGGGGGAAGAUUAAGAAAAGGAUUACCUGGAAGUGUGGGUCAUACUAGAGGUUGCUUCAAGUUAACUUGGGCUUUAACGGGAGGAUAACGUAAUCUGUGAGGACGGGGAAAGGGUCCGUCUGGUUUCCGUACACAAGGCCCAAUGCAACGGAUAGCUUGCGUGCUCUGGUGACAACAAUGGUUUCAACUGUAGGCUCGGAUCGAUUGGAGUAUGUCUGAGAUCUGUUUCGAAUCAUUUCCCCGUUUGGUUUGGCUGGAUCGUUCAAAACCGGAAUCCAUCCGGGCCGAAGCAGGGUAGGAUCGACCGUGUGCAGUUUUUGUUCUUUACGCGGAGAACGUGCACUUGAACCCAGCGGCAACAUUCCAAAGCAGGGAUCUGAAGUUGCCUCCACAAAUGUUAAGACUAAUUUGCACAGGCAGAUACAUCCAUUGUUGGUGUAGGUUAAUCAUUUCUGAUCCAGCCCCAUUCAUACUGGUCUCCCCUGUCUGGUUUAGCCUCUGGAUCACUGCUCCUUAGAUAAACCCUAAGUCUGCAUCUAUCCCCUAAGACCGUCUGAUUUGGUCGACGUCACAGAAAGGGGACGUAAUCCCGGUCUGGGCUGAGAAUAGAAAGUUGGGAGUGGCCAACUCACCGCAGAGUCGCUGUACAUGUGUCCCUUGAUAAUCCCUUCUUAAACAGCUUCUCAGCUGGGUACAAGUUUGGGAACUCAGGCUUAGACCGUGGGAGCUGUACUGGGCGGUGUCGGACAGCUGAGGAGGAUUCCCGUACACAUACAGAACUCUUUGGAUUCUCUUCUUCAACCAGGAUGAACUUUGCUGCCCAGUUAUUCUAUUCGAGCUACUUGAGUGAGCGACUGGAACGAUUGUUUUCCCCAAAGCCUGCGCUUAAAGGCAUGGAAGAAAAGGACCCUUUUUGGCAAAGAGAGGAGCUGCGUCUGGGCCCCGCAGAGCCAGAAGACCUUUACAAAGGAGCGCUCCUCAGCAAUGGCACCGUCGUCGGCCGCAGACCCACCCUCAUUGAACCAGAGAGGCUGAAGGACUUUGGCGAGGAGGAACUCCUCAAUGGUGACGUGAAGGUCCUGGACACAAGAGUGCUGGCGGCGGUGGUGGUGGAAGCACCUGCGAUGGCGCUAAAGGAGCCGGCGAAAACCAGACGAGUCAGCGAGUUCAGGAUCGUCCCCAGACCGCCCAUUCACUACCUGCGCUUUGAGGACAUCAGUGCCGCUGCCUUCACGAUCCAGACGGGAAUACAGAAGACGCCCUGCACGUACUCCCGGCUGUCCAAACAGUAUGGGAUGGAGAUUUAUCUGAAAAAGGAGCACCUGAACUACACGGGCUCAGUGAAGGAGAGAGGAGUGUUGUACCUGCUCUCCUCCCUCACACAGGAGCAGCAGAAGAAGGGAGUGAUCGUCGCCACCGACUGUAACUUCUCCAUGGCUGUGGCCCACCACGCGGUGGAGCUGAAGAUCCCCGUCUUCGCUAUCAUGCCGGCAUGUUGUUCGUCGCCUCGUCUCAGGAUCUACAGAGAUUAUGGCGCCAUGGUCAUCUCCUAUGGCAGCACCGGUCCCGACUCUCAGAACCACGCCCGCCACUUGGCCGAAGACAACGGAUAUCUCUACCUGGAAGAAGAGGAAAAUCCGAGCUACCUGGCAGGACUGGGCACGGUAGGCCUGGAGAUCUACGAGCAAGUGCCCAAGCUUGACGCGGUGCUGGUGCCCGCAGCUGGACAGUACGGUCUACUGGCGGGCACGGCGGCAGCCAUCAAGCAUCUCAACUCGCACAUCCGCGUCAUAGGAAUAGAACCCGAAGCGUUCCCUUUGCUGCUGCAAUCUCUAAAGACAGAUGGCCCCGUCAACGACGUUCAUUGCAAGCCGCAUAGCAAGCUGUAUGGAGAUCUCGCGGGGUGCUCGCUCGGUAUCAACACCUUCCAUCUGGCAAAGGAACUAGUCGAUAAAGUCAUCUCUGUCAGCGAGGAGGAUUCUUUGGUGGCAAUGUUGAGGUUUCAAGAGUUUGAGCGUUCCACUGUGGACACAGAGGGAGCCAUGGGAUUGGCGGCCAUCUUGGCUGGACAACUCAGCGAAUUGAGAGGCAAAAGGGUGGCAGUGGUGGUGAGCAGCGCUAACAUGGAUCUGGAUCUGGUGAGGCAGUGCGUGGACCGAGCCCUGGUGCUGGAAGAUCGUGUCAGCAAGUUCUCGGUACAGCUAGGGGAAUGGCCGGGAGACAUGGCCAAGCUGUUGGACGUCCUGUCCAGAGAAGACGUCAGGUUGUUGGACGUCAGCCAUCGGAGGCAUAGUGACAGGUCCAACCUCUUCAGGGCAAAGGUGGAGUGUGUGGUGGAAACCAGGGACAAGACCCAAAGCGCUCAGCUGCGGAAGACGCUGGGUGAGCGCUAUCCGUCUAUAUGCUGGCUGGAACGAUGAGAAAAGAUGAAAAAAAAAAGAGAAAUCUGGCGAUAAAAUGACAUCGAUAACAUAUGUGGACUCAAAUCCCAUUCAAACAAUGGAUGUUCCUAAUAUCUGUGUGAGCGCUGAAAAGCAACACAAUUGUAGAUCAAAUAUUAUUCAUAUCACGUCUACUCUUUGUUGAUACAUGGGAGUAGUUAGAGGUUCUCACGUAGUUUCCUCUCUAAUGAGGGCCGCAAAAGACGCUCCCCGAUAGACUCCAUUUUAGUGACGCUCCCAAUCCACUGGAAUUGCACUCAAUACGAGCAGUGCUUGGAUUCCAUUGUGUUUAUCUGCGUAUGUACAUACUAUAAAGUACAAUAUAAACACGAGUUGAGUGUAUACAAAUGUUGAAAUGCCUCUAUUUGCAAUUGUUCAUUUUCAACUGCUGUAAAUAUGUUUCAGUAUUAUUUAUACUGUAGUAUAGUCACUUCAAGCAGAGAUUCAAAAAUACAGAAUAAAUGUAUGCUUAACCCGGUGGUGGUAUGUGAUACAGUAGACGUCCCAUUUUCAGGGUUGCACUGUAUGGAAAAUUCGAGAUGGCAGUACUGAUAUUAAAGUUCUAGUAUGAAGAGAAUACAAUCGAAAUGUUUCUUCGUGUAGCAUAGAAAGACGUGCGGAAAAAAAAGAAAAGGACACGCUUAGCUUUUACCAUUGUACGCUUAUAAGAAUCUGGUGACGGUGGUGAUAUUUCAAAUUUAAGACUUGUGCCUUGUACAUGCGGCAGAUGCCACAAGACAGCGCAUAAGCAGUAUUUUUCUAUUUUCUUGGUUUUAGCGCCGUCUGGUGGCUCUUUAGGGUAAUUCAGAAAUGCAGCCCUACUACAAUACAGUAAAGCCACAAAAUGGACACUGAAGUUCCUAUGUCCAUUUUC